AUGUCAGUACUCAAGACAGCUAAACAGAAACUACGGUCCCAUAUUAAAGCUGAACUUCAAAAAAUCUCCCAAAGAACUAUCGAAUUACAAUCUAAGAACGUUCAUGAUACCUUAGUAAAAUUUCCAGCUUUUCAAAAUGCUAAAAAGGUAGGUAUUUAUAUGCAUAUGCCUCACCUGGAAAUCAGAACUUUAGAUAUAAUACAGACAUGUUUUAACUUGGGUAAACAAGUUUAUCUUCCAAGAUGUAUAUUUGAACAAACUUACGAUCGUAAGAAAAAUCAUAUCCAGCUAUUGAAAGUUGACGCUUUCCAACAGGUGAAAGAAUUGAAACCUCAUGGCAGAUUUCAAUUAUUAGAACCUACUUCAGGUGAAGAUAUACUCGAAUCAGGAGGUUUAGACUUACUCAUAGUACCCGGAGUUGCGUUUACAAGAGAUCUCAAAAGAUUAGGUCACGGUGGAGGUUUCUAUGAUGAGUUCAUACAAACUUAUACCAAAACACAUUCUCAUCCUAUAAUAAUAGGUAUAGGUUUGACUCACCAAUUGAUAGAUCAAAUUCCAACUGAAACCCAUGAUAAAAAGUUGGAUGCUGUCAUCAUCGAUAAAGAUACAUACAUGACAUAA